AUGACGCACCCAACAAUCCCGCUGUACGGCUAUGAGCGGUUCUUCGCUAUGGACCCAGAUUCUAGUGCCAAACUCGCGCAUGUUGCGACUCUGCGUGGUGACAUCCCCGGUUUCUUACAGCAUUUGCCUCAAGCGGUUCUUCAGACUUUCAACCGACAUCCGAAGAUGCGAGCUUCGAUUCUACCGGGUAGUUCUCCUCAGAAAGCCAUGAUCUGUGCUCCACUCGCUGACGUCUCGGAACUCAAGAGCCUGCUCACGAUUCACGAAUGCUCUGUUGAUGAAGAAGAGCGUGCUGAACAAGAGCGUAUUAAUGCCGCAAUGGACAAUUCUACCGUGCCACAUCUGCGAUGGAUGGAGUUCGUCCAGAGCGAGUGUGAGAAGCCUCUGGAUCGCGAGAAGAGCUUCCCGUUCUACCUUGUCGUCCGAGUCGACAAAUCUACCAGCACCUUCGCACGCCUCAUUCUGUUUGCAGACCACUACAUGUCGGAUGCCACGUCGGGUGCUGUCAUUCUCCGUGAGAUCCUCCAGACAGUGUCCAAGCUCAGUGGUUCAUCGUCAGAAGAACUCCCUAAGGAGCUACCUCUGCGCGAGUCUCUGUACGAAGGCACGCACUACGUGAACGCGUGGAUGAACGUCGUGCAUGAAGCUGUGUCCAAGUACGUGAUGCAGCCGCUGAUGAACUUCGACACGAACGCGUUUGUGCCUCUGCUUCCGAUCCAGACCGAGUCACAGCUCGACUUUGCGGGCACUCCACCGACUCCGGCCAACCAGAGUUUCGCCUUGUUCGCUCAAGGAUCCGAAGCGAGUAUGCGCAGUGCCAUGGCACGCUGCAAGGAAGAACACGUGAGUCUCCAAGGAGCGAUCAUCGCCGCGACCACGAUGGCGUUUGGACUAACGAAGCACGAAGGCAGUAUGCGUGACUGUACCGAGCCGCUGCAACUUCGCAUGGAUGUCAUGGGCGACAUGAGACAGCAAGUGGCUUUGAACCCGGUCAAGCGAGGACUAUUCGACUCGUUCUUGCCUCAAACAAAGGGACUCAACUGCGAGACGCCUGUAGGUCUGUACUCGACCCCAACUGACCUUGUGUUCACGAGCAGUGAAGGUGUAGACCCACACGGAAUGUCCUUCUGGGAUGUCGCGCGUAAAGCCGACCAUGAAUGGGAGUGUGCGCUGCUCGGCCAUGAACUGAAGAUGCAGUCCAUGUUUGUCAAUGAGGUGCUCAACGCCGAAAACAGAACCGACUCGGGGCUUUCUGUGGCCAACUGUGCGCUCAACGAUGUCACGCUCUCGUACUUGGACUGCUCGGAUGCCGCGUCUACACCGUUUCCAAGCGAGUUACCACUCGGCAGCAACAACUUGAGUGUGGAAGACCUGCACGUGUACAAUUCGCACCCGUCGCUGAGUUCGACCAGCAAGUUGUUCGUCACUGCUCUCUCUCACUUCGAUUAUGCGCUCAUGUACAAACUGGAGACGGACGUCGCAUACAAGCUUUUCGACUGGAUGGUGCGAUGCACGGAGCGUAUUGGGGAGUACCGAGAGCAGGAUACAUUCGCUCAGGCGGCAGAUCGACUCGCAGGUGUAGCUGAAGCUGACGAAACGCUGGAAAUCGCGGUUGAGUCUACACCCACCACGGCUGAGGCUGUGGCUGUCACGGACGCUGACUCGAGCGAAGCAGGGAGUUUCCAGCAGAAUUCAGAGGGCUAA